AAUUUGUCCACCCUGACUCUGAAUUGUGAUUUGAGAAUACAUUUAUUUGUGUAAUGUUCUGAAGAACAUUAGUUGGUCAUUUGCUGUAAUUUGAGUAAAAACAAAUAUGAAAAAUAAAAAAUGUUCAGUACAGGUGAAUAGUAAGCAAGUAACAGUAUUCAACAUUUUCUUUAUGCAUCACACAUUUAUUUCCUGAGUGCAAUUGCAUCUCACUUUAAUAUGUUCUUUGGUAGGCUACUGUAGAAGAAUUGUAAAAUACAAUAUCCAGAAAUAUGCUUGAAUUACAUUACAGCUAAAAGGAUUUAAAAUAGCAUCAUCACAAAGGAUGACAAACGCUGUAAAAACGUGAUUCAGUGUUGACAAUGAAUGGUAUUUGGAUACAAACAAUAAUUACAAAAAUGUAAGAAUUUCAAUUCAAACUAUGAAAAUGCGUUAUACAUUUUUUAAGAUACUAUGAACUCCAGCCUACUUGCGGCAUAAGCUCCACCCACUUGCUGUUGUUGGCGUAAGCUCCUCCCACUUGCGGGUCUCCGGGCUGCAGCGAUAUCUACUUGGGGACCCCGGUAGAUCCGCCCCUGGCACAGUAUGUUUAUAAAAACAGAGGGUUUCUUCCUGGAAGUUGCACAUACCUUCAUCCUUCGACAACCACUUCAGCUUUAUUUUUGGUGAUUUGGUUCAGCACAGCUGAAGAUGCAUCUGUUUUUUGUCUCGGUGCUGCUGGUGUGUGGCUUUCCGUUCAUCAUGACUGAUGUUGUAGGUUCAUUCAGCACAUGCAGCGAGUUUUUUUUUAAUAAACAGCCACCAACGAUUCGUGGCAUUCUGGAGAAUUCAGUCUCAAAGGAUCAGAAUCAGUACAAAAUAAUCUGUCAACAAAACCAAAAUAAAUACAGAUUUGCAACUUUCUACGACAUAAAAAAUAAGAUCCCUUUAUUCUCAGCUUACAAAUAUACUGGGCACACAGGGACACGACCACAGAAUGUUAAAUGGAAGACAGAGCCACAGCUUGAAGACCAAAAUGCUGGAAUGAAUGUUGCAUUGUCCAAUCAGGCUUUCAAAGGAGACUAUACGACCAACAAGGAUGUGAAUCGUGGACACCUAUUUCCCUGCUGCCAUGCAGCUGAUGAAGACACUGCCAAAUCUACAUUCACACUGACCAAUGCUGUGCCGCAGUACAAAAGCUUUAACGGUGGUAGCUGGAGUGACAUGGAGCAAAAAGUCAGAAGUGUCAUGGAUUCUCACUGCCGUGAUAAAAACAAUGAAAAAAAUAUCUUGGCCUAUGUGUUAACGGGAGCUGUGCCGAACACCAAAAGACCACCACAAUUAUUGAAUAACAGAGUAAACAUUCCCUCAGACAUGUGGACAGUGUUCUGCUGCUAUAACAGAGAGAGCAAUAAAUGGAAGUCUCAAGCUCACUGGGCUGAAAACAAAGAUGAGAGCAAAGGCAGCAAACCUAUCCCUCCAAAAACACUGGUGGCAUUACAGACCUUUCUGAAGAGCAAAUAUAAUAAAGAAAGCUUAUUGUUUAACGGUGGCUGUUUGGAUGAUUUAAAAGCAGAUGCAAGUCCGCCUCCAGUCCCAGAUACUUGUGAGGAGCUAGAUGAUGAGCAACAAUCAUGGUGGACCUACAUUAAAGAUAUACCAGCACAAAUUUGGAGAACGAUAAUUGACUGGUUACGUGGCUAGUUUGCCUAAAUGUAGAGUUGGCGUGAAAUAAAAAGAGUAUAACAGAUUUCUGUUGAUAACUCUGACCCUGUUAUUUCUUUGACAACUACAAAGCCAUAAAUAAAUGCUUUCAAAUCAUGCAAAAUGA